AUGGUUUCUGCCGUGUGGCCUCAGGCCAUAAUUUACAGCCUGAUACUACAGGCAGCAACAGCUACCGCCACCAUUCCCGAUUGGGCGAGACGAACUUUUUUGAUCGGCAGAAAAAAGAUGGUCUUCAUGAACUUCACGAUAGCACUCUAG